UAGGGCACUGCAUCGCAGUGCUAACUGCGCCACCAGAGUCUAUGGGUUCGCCCCCAGGCUCUGUCGCAGCCGGCCGCGACCGGGAGGUCCGUGGGGCGACGCAUAAUUGGGCUAGCGUCGUCCGGGUUAGGGAGGGUUUGGCCGGUAGGGAUUUCCUUGUCUCAUCGCGCUCCAGCGACUCCUGUGGCGGGCUGGGUGCAGUGCGCGCUAACCAAGGGGGCCAGGUGCACGGUGUUCCCUCCGACACAUUGGUGCGGCUGGCUUCCGGGUUGGAGGCGCGCUGUGUUAAAGAAGCAGUGCGGCUUGGUUGGGUUGUGCCUCGGAGGACGCAUGGCUUUCGACCUUCGUCUCUCCCGAGCCCGUACGGGAGUUGUAGCGAUGAGACAAGAUAGUAAUUACUAGCGAUUGGAUACCAAUUGGGGAGAAAAGGGGCUAAAAAAUAAAUAAAAAUAAAAAUAUGAUGACGGAAGAAGGGUGGUGGACAACGCCAUUACUGUGUGUAGGCAUUGUGCAACAAGAAAGCCGUAUGAUCAUGGAAAUACAUCGAGCAUGGCCACACAUUUAAAGAGUCAUCACCCUGGUGUGUCAGUAACUGGAGCCAACUCAUCCAAGAGACAACAACUUCUCACCGCAGCAUUUAAGUAGCUCUUUGCUGCAGAAUCAGACCGGGCUAAAGCCAUCCCCAAAUCUACUGGGAUGUUUAUCGCUAAAGACAUGAGGCAAUAGUCUGUUGUGGGAAACAGAGGGUUUAAACAUAUGGUGAAAGUACUUGAGCCACGCUAUGAAAUCCCCUUGCGCACCCACUUCAGUAUGAAGUGCCAGAUCUUUAUGAAGAGAUCUUUAUGAACAGGAAAAUAUCAAAAUUGUUGACGAUUUAUCCAAGGCAUCCUCUGUUGCCCACACCACAGACGGGUGGACCUCCAGGGCAACGGAAAGCUACGUGACUGCUCACUACACCACAGAAGAGUGGGAGAUGCGAAGUCCGGUGCUACAUACAAGCCCCCUCAAUGAGAGUCACACAGGUACAAAUAUUGCGUAGGUACUGCUGCGGAGUGGAAGCUAGAGAGGCCCAAUAGCAAUAUCCAAACCACCACAGAUAAUGCCAAGAACCAAGUAAAUUCAGUGAUAGAAGCUGGACUGGGGCCACAGAUAGCUUGCUUUGCACAUAUGAUACAUUUAGCAUCCCGAAGAGGAAUCUCAGUGAACCAGAUGUACCGCCUCCUUGGGAGGAUCAGGAAGGUGGUUUCCUUUUUCCACCGAAGCACAACAGCCGCUCAUGUGCUUUACACCAAGCAAGCAAUGCUACAGCUACCGACCCACAAGCUCAUACACGAUGUCACAACAAGAUGGAAGAUGGCGCUAUCUCGAGCAGCAGGCAGCUGUAUACUCUGCACUGACAGACAAGACCCUGAAAGAAAUAAAGAUGUCGUCACCUCGUCUGAUGAUGACGUGAAAGUGGCAGAGGAGGUCCUCCAGGUGCUCAAACCCCUCAAACGGUUACAACCCUAUUGAGCACUGAAACUGUCUGUGUCCAUGAUCCUACCCCUGAAAACAAGGAUUCUACAAUCCAUGGCCCCAAGUGAGAAAGACAGCACCAUCACUAGAGAUGUCAAGGCUGCCAUUAGAGAGGACCUGAACCCCAGAUACCCCCAUAAUGUACAGGACUACCUUCAUUGAUCUACCGCACUGGAUCCAAGGUUCAAGCCCCUGUCUCACCUAGACCAUGCCCAAUGCCAGAGAACAUACAGUGAUCUCACCACUGAGAUUGUGGCCACUGAAGAGGGUCAAGCCACAGAGUCGACAGGAGCAGACUGAGGCAUCUCCUCCACAAAAUAAUUCGGCCAGGAAGGAGCUUUUCGAGGAGACCUAGGCAGUUGUUCGUUUGAAGAGCACUACAGCAGCUGUGGCUACAGUGUGGCCCUGGGGACCAAUGGCUUCGCCUGGGAGCAAGUCAACACUUGGGAGAGGCCCACUAUGGACGCGGCUGUUCCCACAGGUUCUUUCAUGGUGGUGAACGGCUCGGGCCGGGCGUCGGGGCAGAAGGCCCACCUGCUCCUGCCCACCCUGAAGGAGAACGACACCCACUGCAUCGACUUCCACUACUCUCUAUCCAGCCGCGAUGGCUCCAGUCCCGGGGUGCUCAACGUCUACAUCAAGGUGAACGGCGGUACCCAGGGAAACCCUGUGUGGAAUGCCUCCGCCUCGGUGACCGAGGGCUGGGUCAAGGCCGAGCUGGCAAUCAGCACCUUCUGGCCCAACUCCUAUCAGGUGAUAUUCGAGGCCAUAUCCGUACAGGGCCAUCCAGGGUUCAUCGCGGUGGACGAAGUCCGAGUAUUGGCCCACCCGUGCCGGAAAGCACCUCACUUCCUGCGGCUGCAGAAUGUGGAGGUGAACGUGGGCCAGAACGCCACCUUCCAGUGUACUGCUGGGGGGAAGUGGUCCCAACACGACCAACUGUGGGUACAGCAGUGGAACGGUAAAGAUACAGCCCUCAUGGUGACACGGGUGGUGAACCACCGACGUUUCUCAGCCACCGUCAGUGUCGGGGACACGUCCCAGAGGAGCACCAGCCGCUACCGCUGCGUCAUCCGCUCCGAUGGCGGCUCCGGGGUUUCCAACUACGCUGAGCUCAUCGUCAAAGCUCCCCCCACACCUAUAGCCCCUCCGGAGCUCCUGGCGGUGGGUGCUACCUACCUGUGGAUCAAGCCCAACGCCAAUUCUAUCAUCGGGGACGGCCCCAUCAUGCUGAAGGAGGUGGAGUACCGCACCACCACAGGCAACUGGGCUGAGACCCACAUCGUGGACGCCCCCACCUACAAGCUUUGGCAUUUGGACCCCGAUGUGGAGUACGAGAUCAAGGUUCUGCUGACCCGGCCCGGCGAGGGGGGCACAGGACCUCCAGGACCUCCGCUAAUCACCCGGACCAAGUGUGCUGACCCAGUCCACGGGCCUCAGAAUGUCAAUGUGGUGGACAUUCGGGCCCGCCAGCUCACCCUGCAGUGGGAGACUUUUGGCUACGCUGUGACGCGCUGCCACAGCUACAACCUGACAGUGCAGUACCAGUAUGUGUUCAACCAGCAGGAGUUUGCCGCCGAGGAAUUGAUCCAGACAUCAUCCCACUUCACCCUGCGGGGCCUGAGGCCCUUCGUCACUGUACGCCUUCGCCUGGUCCUCGCCAACCCAGAGGGAAGCAAGGAGAGCGAGGAGAUCGUCAAGCAGACAGAGGAGGAUGUUCCUGGCUCUGUUCCUUUGGAAUCCAUCCAGACCGGACCGUACGAGGAGAAGAUCUUCAUGCAGUGGAAGGCACCUAACGAGACCAAUGGCGUCAUCACGCUCUACGAGAUCACCUAUAAGGCUCUGAGCUCCUUGGACCCCAGUGCAGACCUGACCACCCAGCGUGGCAGGGUGUUCAAGUUACGCAACGAGACCCAACACCUGUUUAUGGGGCUCUACCCGGGCACCACCUACUUCUUCACCCUCAAAGCCAGCACCAACAAAGGCUUUGGACCCCCUGUAACCACCCGCAUCGCCACCAAGAUAGCAGCCCCAUCAAUGCCGGAGUACGAGACAGACAUUCCCCCUUUGAAUGAGACGGACACCACCAUCACAGUUCUGCUGAAGCCUGCGCAGUCCAGAGGAGCUCCCGUCAGUGUCUAUCAGCUGGUUGUGAAAGAGGAACGCAAGCAGAAGGUGCGGCGGGCGGCCGACGUGCUGGAGUGCUUCUCCGUCCCGGUCAGCUUCAAGAAUGCCUCCAUCUUGGAUUUGCCUCACUACUUUGCAGCGGAGCUCCCGCCUACAUACCUGACUGUGGUGCAGCCUUUCAGCGUAGGUGACAACAAGACCUACAAUGGCUACUGGAACCCCCCUCUCUCUCCAGCCAAAAGCUACAGCAUUUACUUCCAAGCCCUGAGCAAAGCCAAUGGGGAAACCAAAAUCAACUGUGUGAGACUGGCUACUAAAGUGGUAAUAGGUAGGGGACAAAAUACCACGCCGUACAUACUUGUCAUCCCCAGUGAAGGCGCGUCCACCCAGGACUCAGACGCUGUGGAGCCCGAAAAGCAGGUGGACAGCACCGUCAAGAUGGCCGGUGUCAUCGCAGGCAUUCUCAUGUUCAUCAUCAUUCUACUGGGAGUGGUUCUCACCUUCAAACGCAGAGAGAUACACACAUGGAGAACUCUGAGUGUGGGAAGAAAUGCAUAUUCCUACUCUUAUUACCUGAAACUGGCCAAAAAACAGAAGGAGACGGCCAGCAGCAGCAGCACCCAGAGGGAGAUGGGGCUGGUGAGCACGGCUGAUAAAAGCACCACCAAAGUCAGCACUCUGCACAAGGACGACCCCUUCUCCACCAGCAGCCAGGACAUCAACGGUUUCACAUCCCCCUCUCCCUGCUCCUUCUCUCUGCAAGGCAAAACGCUGCAAAGCAAAUCCCUCUUGAAUUCCUACUACUCAGUGUCGAAGGAGCCAGUCCCUGCAACAGCAUCAAUUGUAGGUGGUUCACAGAUUUCCCACCCGCCAUUGGUCAGCACCUGGCUUCAUGACAGCAGCCAUAGUGAGAUGGCCCAGCCAUCGUUGACCAUCCAGACAUACCCAUACGGGGGCUGUGAGUCAGUGGAGAUGUCCUACCAGGCCGGACAGUUCCAGCCGGCCAUCCGUGUAGCCGACCUCCUCCAACAUAUUACUCAGAUGAAGUGUGGCCAGGGAUACGGCUUUAAGGAAGAGUAUGAGGUAAGAAUGGGCCUGACCGAAGGACAGGCGGCCCCAUGGGAGACCGCCAAGAAGGAUGACAACCGCAACAAGAACCGAUACGGCAACAUCAUCGCUUACCCCACAGAUGACCACACUCGAGUCAGGCUGCAACUGCUGGACGGAGACCCCCACUCAGACUACAUCAACGCCAACUACAUAGACGGGUAUCAUAGACCAAGACAUUACAUCGCCACACAAGGCCCCAUGCAGGAGACAGUGAGGGAUUUCUGGAGGAUGAUCUGGCAGGAGAAUUCCGGCAGUAUUGUCAUGGUUACCAACCUGGUGGAAGUGGGCAGGGUGAAGUGUGUGAGGUACUGGCCUGACGAGACUGAAGUGUACGGAGAUGUCAAGGUGACACUGAUCGAGACAGAGCCACUGGCCGAGUAUGUCAUCCGCACCUUCACAGUACAGAAGAAGGGCCACCACGAGAUUCGAGAGAUCCGUCAGUUCCACUUCACCAGCUGGCCUGACCACGGGGUACCCUGCUAUGCCACCGGCCUCCUGGGCUUCGUCCGCCAGGUCAAGUUCCUCAACCCGCCCGACGCUGGCCCCAUUGUGGCCCACUGCAGUGCCGGGGCUGGAAGGACAGGCUGUUUCAUAGCUGUGGACAUCAUGCUGGAUAUGGCUGAGAACGAGGGAGUGGUGGACAUCUUCAACUGCAUCCGGGAACUGCGCUCACAAAGGGUUAACAUGGUGCAAACCGAGGAGCAGUAUGUUUUUGUCCACGACGCCAUCCUUGAAGCCUGCCUGUGUGGAAACACGGCCAUCCCAGUCUGUGAAUUCAGAGCCAUAUACUACAACAUCAGCAGACUGGACCCACAGACCAACUCCAGCCAAAUUAAGGAUGAAUUUCAGACUCUGAACAUCGUGACUCCCCGGGUUCGGCCUGAAGACUGUAGCGUGGGACUGCUCCCCCGGAACCACGACAAGAACCGCAGCAUGGACGUCCUGUCUGUGGAUCGAUGCUUGCCCUUCCUCAUCUCCGUGGACGGAGAGUCCAGUAACUAUAUCAACGCUGCCCUCAUGGACAGCCAUAAACAGCCAGCAGCCUUCAUCGUAACCCAGCACCCACUGCCCAACACGGUGGCCGACUUCUGGAGGCUGGUGUUCGACUACAACUGCUCCUCGAUAGUAAUGCUCAAUGAGAUGGAUGCCGCACAGUUGUGCAUGCAGUACUGGCCCGAGAAGAGCUCCUGCUGCUAUGGCCCCAUCCAGGUGGAAUUCAUCUCAGCCGACAUCGACGAAGAUAUCAUCAACCGCAUCUUCAGGAUCUGCAACAUGGCCAGGCCCCAGGAUGGCUACCGUUUGGUGCAGCAUUUCCAGUUCAUCGGCUGGCCCGCUUACCGCGACACGCCCCUGUCCAAGCGCUCCAUCCUGCAGCUGGUGAGACGUCUGGCCAAGUGGCAGGAGCAGUACGACGGGGGAGACGGACGCACCGUGGUCCACUGCCUGACUGGUGGUGGACGGAGUGGUACCUUCUGUGCCAUCUGCAGCAUCAGUGAGAUGAUCCAGCAGCAGAACAUUGUAGACGUGUUCCACACCGUCAAGACGCUGAGGAACAACAAAUCGAACAUGGUGGAGACUAUGGAACAGUAUAAAUUCUGCUAUGAAGUUGCUCUGGAGGCCCUUAGCGCAUUCUGAGAAACUGCCUCUCGUGUCAGUGGGACACAGUGCUGACUGCAGAAACACCAACCCAUAUGAGGCAGGGGAUGUGUGUGUGCAACCACACACACGUGAAACUGUACAGAAGAAGAGAAACGCACUCCACACUGGGUUUGUGUGCACUUCUGCAAGACUGGAACCGCUUUUGUUUGUAUAAAGAAAAAAUGAAAUGAAAACCUCAACACUUUAAAUCUUUCUUCAGUGUCCAUCUUGAACUGUGAUGUGAUCUUGUACAGUCAUUUCCUUUUUAGAUAUAUGCCUUGAAUGUUACACCCUCAAUGUAAAAGUACAACCUGGAAGAUUAGCUGAGAUCAUGGGGAUCCUAAUAAAUAUACAUGCAGACUAACCAACAGAACCGAUACCACCAGACAGACGAAGACAAAUACAAGUUGGGAAGAUUCAAACUCUCCCUGGCUUUGCACCUCUUUUUAAUGAACAUUAAUAACGACUGUAUUAAAUCCCCCCCCCCCCCCCC